AUGUAUGGCCCCCCGCGCGCUCUGCCCUCCGCGGCGGUGCUGCCAACGCGACGGGUCUGGCGUCCGCACCCCACGCGCCCACGCCCCCGGGGGGACCCCCCGGGCUGGUGGCAUGCGCGGGUCGGCCGGGCCGCAGCGGCCGCCCACGCCCGGCCGGGGAGGCCCUACCUCACCACCCACCCACAGGCUCCCUACUACGUGUCGAGCGAGCGGAGCUCCCUCUUGCGAGGCUCCCUACCGGGCGUGGCUGAGGUGCGUCUGAGCAACGCACCCCAGCCCUACAGUGCCCAGCAGCCCCCAGGCCACGGCCCUCGCGCCCUGCUGUCUGGGGAGGGUCGUGCCCUCGCACACGACCAGAUCCCCCCGCACCGGGAUCGCACGUGGGAUCCAAGUUGGAUGCAUCGCCCAGAGAUUCACAGCCCACUGUGGGCUCUCUGGGGGCGGCGUGGCCACGGGCGCGACGCGGCGUCCUCGGGAGGGCCGGGGGGGGAAGCCUGGGGCGCCGGGCCGGGGCAGUCUCGGACUGCCGCGGUCGGGUGCUUCGGGGCUGGCCCCGACCCUCCCCAGGGCGCCGCGCCCCCGCCCGGGGGUGUUCGCCAGUUGGCGGCGGGGACUUGGGCGGGGCGCGUUGGCGGAGUGGGCGGUUGGAGGGUUGGAGGGUUGGAGGGAGACGCGCGCGGCACCACCUCCCCAUCAAGGGCUCCGGCAGCGCCGGGGGCUUGGAGGGGGAUGUUCGCCAGUUGGCGGCGGGGACUUGGGACAUGUGCCCUGUCGCUAGAUCGGCUGCUGGUCGACCUGCCGGGGGGUUCCGCUGACCAGUCGAAGGUGGGGACUUGGGUGGAGCCGCUGAGAGCGCACGGCCCACGGUGGCUCGCCAGUCGGUGGCCCUGGGCCUUUGCAAAUUGCGCCCAGGCCCGCCGUGCGCCGCGGGCGCACCGCCAGGGGCGGCGCCCUUGCCAACGCGAAGGGUGGUCUCCCCCGGGCCGCGCCCGCGAGCCCCGGGCGCUCGGGGGUGGCGGGAGUGACGACUCGGGGCACCACGGGCCCGGCAGCAGCGGCCACGGGCCUCCGCCCGGCGUGCGCGGCGGGGAGAUGUGGGAGAUGUGA